UUUGUUUUCCCGUAUCCGCCAUUUCAGUUUUUGAAGUUAGUUGUCAUCGGUCGUUGGAUUGUAGCUGGAAAUCAGCCGCUUUAACGCACUACAGGAUUAUUGGAUCUUAAUUCCGGUCCCAAAGCGGAUCAGAGUCCUUUUACAUUCACGGUUCCGGUCGUGUUUCGGCGGAUUGAUGUCGUAAGGGCUCGCUGCGGAGGUCGCCUGUUUACUAAACGUGCUCCAGGCGCUAAAGUUUUUGUAUGAGUUGAAGGCUUCGCCUGUGGAGAACAGGAGGGAGAGAAGGGAAGGCCCCGGUGAAGCCUCGGCUUUGAGUGGUUACCAUGGCCGGAAAUUUUGACGCGGAGGACCGCGGCAGCUGGUACUGGGGUCGUUUGACCAGGCAGGAGGCUGUGUCUCUGCUGCAGGGGCAGAGGCACGGCGUGUUCCUGGUCCGGGACUCCAUCACCAGCCCCGGAGACUACGUGCUCUCCGUAUCAGAGAACUCCAAAGUCUCGCAUUACAUAAUAAACAGCAUCAGCAACAACCGACAAUCCGGUCCAGGUUUGGCCCACCCGAGGUUCCGAAUCGGUGACCAGGAGUUUGAAGCGCUCCCUGCUUUGCUAGAAUUCUACAAAAUCCACUACUUGGACACCACUACCUUAAUAGAGCCCAUCAACAAGUCCAAACACACCUCCUUUAUUAGCGUGGGCCCCGGUGGAGGCCCCCCGCCGCGCCUGGAAGACGAGUAUGUCCGAGCACUUUUUGAUUUCCCGGGAAACGACGAGGAGGAUCUCCCGUUUAGGAAGGGCGACAUUCUCCGUGUUCUGGAGAAGCCGGAGGAGCAGUGGUGGAACGCCCAGAACUCUGAGGGCCGGGCGGGGAUGAUCCCGGUGCCGUAUGUGGAGAAGUACCGGCCGUCGUCUCCGAAUUCGGCGGCGGGGCCCGGCGCACCGGGGGUUGCGCCUGGAGGAAUGGUGAUGGUAGGGAACUCUGACGGCUCCGCAGCCCCGUCUGGCCCUCCUCUGCUGGGAGACCCGAGCCAAUACGCCCAGCCCACCCCCCUCCCAAACCUCCAGAAUGGACCUGUCUUUGCCAGGGCCAUACAGAAGAGGGUGCCCAACGCCUACGACAAGACUGCCCUGGCCCUGGAGGUGGGCGACAUGGUGAAGGUGACCAAAAUAAACGUGAACGGCCAGUGGGAGGGUGAAUGUAAAGGCAAACGCGGCCACUUUCCCUUCACACACGUCAAACUGCUGGACCAGCACAAUGCCGAGGAAGAGCUAAGCUGAGGACGGACAGCCGGGCCGCAACCUGGACACUAGUAUUAGACCCUUCCUCACUUCCCUCUCCCCCUUCCACACACUCAACUCUUCCCCCCCCUUCCUCUCACGUCUGCUCCAGUUAUCACCUGCACCAAGUACAGUUUCAUAGAGUCACUUCAGAACAAAAACAAAACGAGACUUUGGUUGGACCCUUGUAUCACACACACACACACACACACACACACACACACACA